ACAUCAGUGCCAAGACCUACGCAAACAGAACAACCUAAGGUUGUUGUACUAGAUUCAAUAAAGAAAGGAGUAAUGCGGACACAAGCGACACAGACUGAAGUAUGUUUAGGAAGGAAACCAUUACCACCUAACUACUUAUCACUUAGUCCGCGAACUAUUAAACGGGUUAAAAAUGGUGGCGGCUGGCGUUCAAACUAACGGAUACACUGUAGGAGUAAGACGACUUACCAAGUCUUUCUCGGAGGUAGGAGGUGAUAGGUUAGCGGGUCGUGAUAAUCAAAGCGAUAUUCCCACUACUGUUGAAAGCUUCAUAGGAAAUGACCACGAAAAACUUCACAGGACACAGUCAGAAGAACCGCCUAGGUCUCCUAGAUCGCCGACCGCUAUGAUGCCUUCUUCACCUCUGAUGCAAAGAGGCGACUCUGAUGACGUCACUUCUUCUUCUGUAAAGUCUGUAGCUUCGUCACAAAUAGACAAAUCGUCGGAACUAAGCGCAUUACAGAGGCAGGCGCAAGAGUACUUCCAACAAAACUUUCAAUUUAUUCACGAAAGUGAUAGAGAUGAUACUAUAGAUGACGAUAUAGAAACUAUAGAGAAAAGUAUGGCAUUAAAUCGCAGAAAUUUAGAGUAUCUACAGCAAGAAAUAGCAAAACAAGCGAAAACCGAUAAAUCCCUUAGAUCUAUUCUGUCGAAAAGUACUAGCGAUGCUUCACAGAAAACUAUAAAUUCUUCGCACCCAUUCUCAAAGACUUCUACAUUCCAAUCAGAACCUUCUACAGAAACUUCAGCUACAACGACAGAUGAUAGUGAAAAGAAUGAAAAAGAAAUCAUCAUAGACUUUGAACCGCGACCUGAUGAUGAGGCUAUACCUUUCACUACACUCCGUAGAAAAUCAAGAAGAAUGUUACAGAAAACGUUAUCUGAGGGUGAAAUUCUUCUCGAUGUAAGAAAAACAGAAUUACAGACGAACGGAGAAGGUGUAAAAGACGCUCCUCUAGUAAUGUCAACUAGUCAAGAAAAUAUGACGAGAGAAGAUAGGGAACGAGAAGCAAUGUACAGACAAUACAUAGCUCAGAAUUACAAUCAAACUCCGAUAAAAGACGAAGGAAUAUUCGGAUUUGAACCCGAUGGAUCAUUUAGUUCUUCAGAUGGGAAUGCACCAUAUGAAGACUUUCACGAAAAAUAUAUUAGUUACAAGCAUGAACCAUUUAGAAAUCGAAGCGUAAGUUUCGAGGAACCAACAGAAAUUAUUAGUAAGAGGGAUGCUAUUACAACAAAAAGUACGGCUAAAUCAAGCCCCGGUUCCCCGGAACCUACGCAGCCAGAAACUGACGUGGAACAUAAAACAAAGCGGGCAGUGAUUUCAAAUAACGUAACGACAAUACCAGCGCCUUUAGAGAAAUCGUCACCGUGUGCAUCAAACGAAUCACUUACAGUAGACCCUACAAGAGACCAUUCUGAUGGCAUGUGGAAUGAAUCCCAAACAACAGUUCUUCAGAUAGACUCUGGCACAGAAAAUGGCACUGUAAUCAGUUCGUCAGACCUGAGUUCUUUAGCUGCCUCGCCUGGAGCGCUAGCAUUGUUAACUCCGACAUCAAGACGGAAACAGCUUUUAUUACUACAACAUCAGCAACGAUCUUCUUUAGAUACAGAUGCUUUAGAUGAAGAGUUUGAUGCGUCACAGAGUCAAUCUCCUACAUCUCCAAGAAACAAACUAGAUACAUCAAGCUCCAGUUCUGCACAGGCAAGAGCAUCUUUGUCUCCACCAGCAGUUGUGCCAAGUGUUACUCUGCCGAUAACAAAACAGCCAACUAUAUCGAAAGCCAUAUCGCCAAUAGCACCACCAAAAGUUAAUCAUACACCA